AUGAGCGACUGGCCGAAGCACUGUCUGGGUUGUACGUUUUCGAGAAUCAACACGCUUUGUAAGGAUGUCAUCAUGAAGGUUCGAAAGGACCCAGAAGCGCAAGCGAGUAUGUCAAGAGUGGCUAGGAAUGGUUUCUCUACAAGUGGUCGUGGAAGCGUGAAUAUCAAGCUGUCGUCACCCCAAACUGCGCUGGCGUACGUGACGCACGGUUGGAAGUCUCUCUCCACUAUCCCACAAAACCAACUUCUGCACUACUUCACCAUAGCUGCUCUCGUGCAAGAGUGCAAAGAACCGUCACUCAUCGCACUCUGUCGCCGCUAUGAUCCAAGGUUUCUGGGAUUAUCAGAUUUCUUCAGUAUCGAUAAAGAUCAG